GAUUACAAUUUGUAAAAUAUCAUUUUUACUGAACGAAAACUUCGAUUUUGUUCAAAAACAUAUUUUUGUGAUUACGCCAGAUCUCGAUGUUUCAUGCAUUUCAAAGACAUUCGGCAUCAAACAAAAUUUUUCAAUUUCCGAAAUCUUUAAAUUUUUUUUGUUUUUUUUUGUAAAACAAAUUUAUGUCGUGAAACAGCAGAUCUCGAGGUUUCAUAAAUUUUUGAAAACAUUUCGAGUGAUGCUUUUGUAUUAAAAAUUCGAAUUCGUUUGAGAUACAGAAUGAAAAAUUUCGCAUUCGAUUGGAAUAUUCCGAUUCGAUCGAUUCAGAAUCGGGGUAAACCAUUGGUACAAUUGCCCUACAUUGUUCCCUUCAGAAACGUUAUUGCCGCAUUGGAGAGACAGUUUGUUUGUAAACAAGUUGUCUGCUAUUGAUGAGCCAGGACUUACCUAGGUACGAUCAAUUACCUGCAGUAACACUUGAGAAAAUUGGUUUUACAUUCGUUUUUGGAGUCUCGAAGAUUUUCGGGAUAUGCACAGUCGACAUUGCUGAAGACACUUACAGAUGUCUGCCUUACCAGAGUGUUUAACGUGCGCGAAACAGAUUCAACGCGAUGAAUCAAUCGUCGUACAUGAUACUAAGACGGUUCAAGAUGUACUCUACAAAUACUUUUGGUUUGCUGAAGACGAAAGCCAUGCUGCCAUAUUGUGUCAGCAAUGUUGGGACAAGAUUCAUGAAUUUCACCAAUUCUACUGUGAAGUCGAACGAAUACACGCACAACAGUUACAAACGAUUCAUUGGUUCAGCGUAAAGGAAGAACCGCUCGAUGGGGAUGAUGUUUCAUCUAGGAGUAGUGUCGAGGAUACGAAAACAGACGAUGUCGCAUCGCUGAAAUCCGAAUCCAUACAAACAACUACAAUAAAUCAAGAUGAGUUUAUUUCGAACGAUUCAAUGGCCGGUGACCUUAAUGAUAAAAAUCGAAGAAAGUACCAGAAAAAGCGGAUGCGAAUAUGUACAGGGAAAAGUUUAGGCCAUUCUUCACAGGGCCAUCAAAAGAAGUUGAACGAGGAGAAGUUCAUAUCACAGAACAUGGAUUUAGAGUGCGAUACUUGUGCAGAAAAGUGUAGUUCCUUCCAAGAACUGCAGCUGCACUCUCUGGCCAGUCACGAGAAACGUGCGUAUUUGUUCUGCUGUGGUCUUAAGUUCUGUCGAAGGCCACGACUGGUAGACCACAUUCGAUUUCAUCUGAAUCCGGAGCAGUUUCGUUGCGUUAUCUGCUCGAAACCGUUCCAAAGUACCGAAGCGCUCCAGCGGCACAAAGAUAAGAUGCACGCAGCGGACGAGGACAAAACAUACCAAUGUAGCAUGUGUCCGAAGACGUACACGCGAAAACGGUUUUUAACAAUCCAUGAAAAGUAUCAUCGAAUGUCGACGCAGAAAUGGCGUUGCUCGAGCUGUAAUAGACAAUUCUCGUACGAAUCAUGUUUAAAGGACCAUGAGCGGAAAGUGCACCAGAAGGAGUUCAAGUAUGUGUGCCAUAUGUGUGCAAAAGGCUUUCAAAUUUUAAGUAUUUACAACAAGCAUCUGGCAGAGCACGAUGAAACUGCGGUGAUAGACAAACCACCAAAGCAGCGAGUGCAAUGUUUGGACUGUGGAGUUUGGGUCAACAAGUAUCAUCUUCCUACACAUAAACUGGGUCACUCAAGUGGCCAGCAAACAUGCAAGUAUUGUGGACAGCAAUGCAAAAGUGUUCUAACGCUGAGGUAUCACGAGGCUCAACACAGGAGAGGCGAUUUUAGUUGUACAGUUUGUGGAAAAACUUUCAAGCAAGGAAUCUCACUGAAGGUAGCUGUAGUAAAAAUUCUUUGCUCUUCCUUGAAUGCGUCCUUGUUUUUCAGGAACACAUGGCAUCUCACACGGGUGAAGUGCUGUACAGCUGUGAUUUUUGCGACAAAACAUUCAACUCGAGCGCAAAUCGAGCUUCUCACAGAAAGAAAAUGCACCCCAGGGAAUGGCUGGAAGAUAAGCUAAAGAAAAAUCCUAGACUAGUUUUCGAACAUCAAUAACAUAGUCAAUAAAAUUUCUUCAAAUU